AGUGGUCGGAAGCGCUAACUUUCUAUCAGAAAUAACACAAUCCAAAACAACUGAUGUAAUAAUAUCGUGAGAAAAUGAAAUUAGCUUGAAUGCGGAUUGAUUUAUAAUAAUGCGUACAAUUUACUGUGCCGUUUUAGGUGCUCAACAAAGUGUAGUUUUUUGUUAAUAUAAAAGAAUGAAACAGAAUAUGACAUCUGUGGAAUUGAAAGAACAAGGAAACAAGCUGUUUAGUCUUCGAAAAUAUGAUGAUGCUGUCUCCUGUUACAGUAAAGCAAUCAUAUUAAAUCCUCAAAUUCCAACCUAUUUUACUAAUCGAGCAUUAUGUCAUCUAAAGUUGCAUCAGUGGGAUCAUGCAUGCCAAGAUUGUCGCAGUGCUCUUGAACUUGAUUGUGCUUCAGUGAAAGGGAACUUUUUUUAUGGUCAAGCUCUACUAGAACUCGAAAGCUAUGAUGAAGCCAUUAAAUAUCUACAACGAGCUAGUGAUUUAGCCAAAGAUCAGAAAUUGAAUUAUGGUGACGAUAUUGCCAGCCAGCUGAGAAUCGCAAAGAAAAAGCGUUGGACUGUCCAAGAGGAAAAAAGAAUAGCACAAGAAAUUGAAUUACAGUCAUACUUAAAUCGGUUAAUACUGGAAGACAAGGAAAAAGAAAUUUCCCACCUUCAAAGUUUGGGACUAAAAAGUAAAAAUGAAAUUGCAAGGCUCACAGAAAAAUUUGACCAAUAUCAAAGAGACCUAAAUGGUAUGUUUGACAAGCUUGAUGAACAAAGAAUGAAAAGAGAUGUGCCUGACUACUUGUGUGGGAAAAUCAGCUUUGACAUAAUGCGUGAACCAGUUAUAACACCCAGUGGUAUUACUUAUGAUAGAAAAGACAUAGAAGAACAUUUGCAGCGAGUCGGACAUUUUGACCCAGUCACGAGGACACCUUUGACACAAGACCAGUUGAUUCCAAACCUUGCAUUGAAAGAGGUAGUGGAUGUCUUUAUAGCAGAGAAUGAAUGGGUUGUAGAUUAUUAGCCAUUUUUUAUUAUUGUUAUUUUAUUUUUUAAAUAAUGAAAUUUCCGUUUUUUCAUGACGACACUGAUAUCCAUAUAUAUUUCAAAUUAAUUCCUUUUUUAAAAUACAACGUUUGUGAAAUGUUUUUGUUUUGAUGCAUAUCAUUUAAUGUAAAAUAAGAUAAAUUAUAUUCCUGUUCGUAUAUAAAUGAAUAAAAAGUCUUCACGUGUGUGUUUAAUA